CAGGCCUCUCCCAGCUCGGGCCGCGGCGUCCUCUGGGCCGUGUAGUUCCCGCGGCGCACGGAGGACUACACUUCCCAGCAACGCCGCCGCGCUUGCUGGCGGCCGGCCGGGGGAAGGCCGCGGGGUGCCCCGGCUUCGGCCCCGUGCCAUGGCGGGGAGGCCCGGGCCGGGAGGCCGGCGGGGAGCGGGGCUGCGGUGGUGGCCGCGGGAUUGCUGCGGCGGGCUGGGAGGCCUGGAGUACGGCGAGGUGGAUGUGACAGCCAUGGCGCGGGUCUUCAGCUAUGUGGAUGUGACUGAUUCUGACUUCAUUGCAGCCGUCCUGUCUAUUGCCUUCAACCCAUUCUUCUGGAACGUGGUAGCAAGAUGGGAACACAAAACACGGGCACUCAGCCGAGGCUUCGGCUCUCCACGCACCGCCUGCUACUGCCUGGGCGCUGUUAUCCUGCUGCUCAACUGCGUGCGCAGCCACUGCUUCACAGAAGCCAUGAAGAGCCAGCCGAAGCUGGAGGGCUUGGACAGCCACUGGGCCUAUUACUCAGGCUUGGCCAUCAUGGCUGUAGGGACCUUGUUUGUCAUCUCCAGCUUCUUAGCACUGGGAUUCACCGGGACCUUCCUAGGGGAUUACUUUGGCAUCCUGAUGGAGGCAAAAGUGACCUGCUUCCCCUUCAGCAUCCUGGAUAACCCCAUGUACUGGGGCAGCACGGCUGUCUACCUGGGCUGGUCCAUCAUACGUGUGGAAUUAAUUGUCGAAAAAUAAAUAACGGCCGAGUGCUGGGGAGAGGAAACAUCAGCAAACGCUCUGCAGCCAAAUGGGGUCCUUGGCAAGCUCUGCACGUGGAAAAAUCAACAGCCAGGGCCGAAUUCAUGCCGGGUGUCGCUCAGCGGGGGCCAGGCAUUGAUACCAGGGGUUGGUGUGACCCUGUAAUUACCUCUGGAAGAAACAAAACAAGCCAGCACACCUCCCCCCCACUGCAUGGCGACAGCACUUCCGAAAAACUCCUCGUGAUACAACGCAGCUUAAUAGCCUGCUUCGGAGGAAAUGAAUAGGCUGUAAUUUAGCAGUAAAUGAGCAAUAUACUCGAUUCUGUGUAAUAAGUUUUAUGUGGUUUUCAUUUGAUAUCGCAUUUUAUUUAUUUGCCUGGGAGUAAAAACCACGGCAGGGUUGUGUCGGGAGCCCGUAGAGUGCUGCUGGACUUUAUCACCUGGUGUUUUGCACAGGCCCUGCCACGUGGGACUCCUCUCUUAGACAUCAGUGGGAAAACAAAGCACUUUGCCACUUCUCGCCUUCCCAGCCACAUGCACAGCAUUGCAGUGCUUUCUGGCCCCUGUUAAUGAGUAAAGCCUGUGUCACUGAGCCUUGUGUUCGUUCUGCACUUUGACAUCCCCCCUGCAGCCGUCAGGGCUCACUGCACGGCACCCUUUGCCUUCCUUGCAGCCCCAUGGCAACUGGGUUGGGCCCAAGCGCUGGGAAACAGUGCCCAAGAACUGGGGGACAGGAGCUGCAGGGGACAGGGGCACAGAACCGCAUCAUGCCACCCCACAAGGAGGUAUUUGGAUGGAGAGCUCGUAAGGAGGUCCGUAUUAUUUUACAAUCGAGCCAUUUCCUAGAAUUCCUGCCCAACCAGGUGAGCCCUAUCAAGCUGUUUAUAUUGCAGAAAUUCCUCCCUCACCCCCACGACGGAGCAGCUUCAUACUGGGUGCACUUCACUUUGGUCUUUAGCCACAGUCCUGGGCAAAAGAAGCUUGAAGCGACUCGAGACAACAACACGAUUGCCUCUUUUUCUCAUUAAAAGGCUGCCACCAUAAAGGGCAGCGAGGCGUGAGCUACAAUUGCUGUUGACAAAUUGCUGGAGCUGUGCAGGGUGGCACCAGGGCACGGCGUGCCUGGUCUUGUGGGAGCUCCACACAGCCCUGCACACUGUGAUGGUGAUCGUCUCUCUUCUCUGGAAUCUCAGCUUGCGUUUCGGAGUUGUAAUGGGGAUCCUAGGGCUCUUCUGAGCUCUCCAUGGGGCCACAGGGCUUUGAGAUGUGGGUCAGAGCCAGCAUUCUGGCAGCAGGGAUGUGCAGCUGAGCUGUUGGCACACGAGGAGCACAACUUCUGGCUGGUUUUGGACAGGCCUGAAAUGUAGAGCAUAUUUCUUCUCCCUCAGUGAUAUAUUACACCCCAUAUUGUGGCAUCAGAGCCCAAGGAUUUGAUUCAUUUACAUCCACAAGGGUACAUACUGCGUAAUGCAAGCGAGUCUGGCAGCACCCCAGACAGCCUGUGAUUAGGACUCCAACAUUAAGAGCAUCACUUGAGGCCAGAGCGGCUAUUUUCUCCUUUCCAGGAUGCUGCACAUAUUCCAGACUCAACUAAUGGCAGCUCCUUGGACAAAACAAAUGUGUCUGCUGAGCACACAGAGGGCAGCACUUUGGCCCCUUCUGCACACAGCGAGCAACGGGCACAGGGCAGCCAGGGCUCCUUGCUGUGCCUACAGGAUGCAUAGGGAGGGGUUUCCUCCACACUUGUCAUGAAAAUGGGAGCAGCAAGCCUACAACAGGAGCAAAUACCCCAUGUUCAGUGCUCAGGACCAGCAGUGCUGGAAGGGAAGGAUGUGAGCACACAAGCAUUGUGAAACGUCCGCAGCAGUGUGGAGAUGCAGCAAUGGCUGGGGACAGACAAACUCUCAAAAAAGCCCCUGGCUGCUACCAGGACCACAAAACCUACCCAGCUGACUCGUCAUUGACCCUGCUGCAAAAUGAGCUGCUGCCCAAGAAGUAGGUCGAGCUCAUAAGAGGAGUGAAACACCAACGUGCUUCUUAUUGCUCCAGUCGAGCAGCCUCGUUUUUCCCGAAAGACAAAUGGAGCAUUAGCUGUCUAGAGAUGGCCUUGUGUACUUGUGUGUCUGUGGCAGGGGAAGUGCUUUAACUCAUGGCAACAGGCUGUGUAAAUCAGAGCAGGCACUGCAGCCAAAUGAUGCAAUUAGAGGUCUUGCUGUCAACAAACAAUCAUGCAAAUUUGUUCUCUCUGAUACAAAUCAAGGAGGAGACAUGACUAAGCAUGUAAUAGCAGGAGGCUGGGAAUGAAGAAGUUGUCCCCUGUUUCCUAAUGAGAAAAAAACCUUGUUGUAAAAUGGAAGCAGUGGAAAAGUGAAGAUUUGUGUGCAUCUCUCCAGGAACUGAUGUGGCCAGGUACUACCUGAUGGCUGCUUUGGGUGGUGUGGGGCUCAGGUCGUUUGGUCUCUCCUUUGAAGGCACUUUUUCCCAGAGGGCUGGUCCCCUGGCAUGAGGGUUGCAAGACAUUUAUCCUCACCAGGGACCAGCUAAGUACAUUUUUCUGCUGACAGCCAAUUCCUGUCCCCAUCAGAGAGCUGAGCUCCAACCAGCAAUUAAAGACAAGCAGCAGUGUCCUAAUUAAGGGCACGUGCAGCCAGUAGCUGGAGGCAUAGGAUGCAGAAAGAAGGUUUGGGAGUCUAAUGCUAAGCAGUGAACUGGACACAGCCAUGCUCCUGGCUGGGGAGACGAGACUGGGACUCUGUGGGGAGUUUGCACAUCAUGGAGUGCUCUUGGUACCUGGUUUGGAGGCUGCUGGGAUCCUGGGGCCUUAGCAAUGACCCCACUGCCUUCACCAGCCAUUCUUUGCCAUCUCUUCCAAACCUUACCAUCCCUUCUGUUCUACCCACCCCUUCCAUCUCUGCCCAUCCCUUCCAUCCCUUCCAUCUCAGCCUGUGAUGGCUCAGCUCACUGUCUACACGACCAUACGCUGCUCUGUCUGCCAGGUGCCUCCUGCACCCCGGGUGGCCGUAUUUCUGUGCACAUCAGGCAUUUCCCUUAUAGCACUGGCUUGGAGCCGCAGCCGUACGUAAGCAGCUGCUCAGCUAUUAAGCAGCCUUAUAAUCUCAGGACUUAGCAUCAAAGCAGAAACUCUCUGAACAGAGACAUGAGGGGAUCAGACUUGAAAGAAGUUGCCGAAGUAGGCUGGGGAAGAGUCUUUGCCAAGUAACAUCUGUCUAAGACAGUUAACAUUAAGCACAGAAAAAAAAUCCACCUUUUGUUCUCUCCUGUUUAAUGAGCGAGAGUGCUCUUGUGGAGCCUAACUCUCAUUUCACUUUCUAAAGCAGGUCUUGCAUAAGCCCAUGUACUCACCUGAUCUUUUCCUUCUCUUUCA